GUCCGUCGAGCUGGCGCAGCAGCAGGGCUUCGACCAGCCCGCUUCCUUCAGCCCCGACGCGGCGCACCCGCAGGCUGCGCAGGGAGAGCCCUACCGGACGCCCCUGCAGAGGAAGCCGGGCAGGAUCCCGUGGCGCUGCUUCCUGCACGGCAGUUGCGCGCUGCUGACGAUGUGGUGCACGAAGUGCGCCUGGGACGUGUUCAUCACAGUCACGGGAAUCAACAUCCCCAUCAAGCACAAGGAGGGCAACUUGACCAUCCGAGGUCCUGAGCGGGUAUUUGCAGGCAGCCAGUGGCCAGACGAGCUCUUCCGCCCGUCGUUCCUGGCGUGCCACGCGGCGCUGGACGCAGAGGUGCUCCUGGUCGGCGACCGCUUCUCCGUCCACGAGCUUCGGCUCGGCGGUGCGCUGGGCGCCGACGAGCCGCUGCCUGCGGUGCGGCCGGUCCUGCGCGGGUGCCUGUCCGGCGCGCCCGAGUUCCACGCGGGCGGCGUCAGGGGGCUCGCCCUGGACUGCGCGCCGGCGCCCGGGCUGGGCGUGCCCGCGGCCGCCGUGGGCGCGGUGGCGGAGGGGUGCACCGCCGUCCUCUUGGGCGCGAACUUGCAGCAGGGUUUGCGGUGCUCGGUCGGAGAGGCCCCCAACGGCACCACUGGAGACCAGCCGGGGCAGGCCACCCUGCUGACCCUGCACGGCGGCCCCUACCAGUCCCUGGCCUCCGCCGCGAGGGGCUCGGGCGCGCUGUGGGCGCAGGAGGCCGGCGGCGCCGUGGUGCGGCUGCGCACCCGCGGGGGCGCAGCGGGGGAGCUGGUGCCGCACUUCGAGAUCGGCAGAUCGCGUGUUGCGGAAGCCCCGCAGCUCCAGCUGGUCCUCGAGGAGGAGGGCGCCCUCCUGGCGGUCGAGCCCGGGCGCCUGGUGGCGGAGCGCCUGCGGAGCGGCGGCGUGGGCGCCAGCGCCCGCCUUUGGUCUGCGCCCCUGCCCGGCGGGCUGGCCUGGCGCGGCGGCUGCGCGGCGGGCGGGGCGGUGUACCUGCUGGGCAGGGAGGAGUCGCCGAGCGGAGGCGGCGGCGCCGCGGGCGUCUGGAGGAUCUGGCUGCCGCCCUGA